AUGGAUUUCAACAGCUCUUCACCCUACCCUGAGGGGGUUAUCUCCUUCCUCGACACCGACUUGUACAAGCUGACAAUGCAAUGCGCCGUCCUGAAAUACUACAAGAAUGUCCCCGUCACUUACGCAUUCACCAACCGGACGCCCGAAAAGAAACUCUCUCGCAAGGCUUUCCGUUGGCUGGAGGACCAAGUCAGAAAGCUCGGGAACAUUUCUCUCUCCGCCGAGGAGCUGUAUUAUCUGAAGGAGCACUGUCCCUACCUGUCACCCGCCUACCUGGAGUUCCUAUCCGAGUUCCGCCUCCGCCCGAGAGAACAGGUCGUCCUCAGCUUCCUACCGACUGGCGAAGACACCGGGGCUGAGUCCGAUAUUGGAGACCUAGAUAUCAAGAUUAGCGGCAUCUGGUCUGAGGCCAUUCUAUACGAGAUUCCUCUCCUUUCUUUGACGUCCGAGGCGUACUUCAAGUUUAUGGAACCGGACUGGACGUACGAGGGCCAAGAAGACCAAGCUUUUGAGAAGGGGAUGCGCCUGCUAGAGGCCGGUUGCGUCUUCUCGGAAUUCGGCACCCGCCGGAGGCGAGACUACCACACCCAAGCAUUGGUGUUCAGGGGCCUCACCAAGGCCAGCAAGGAGGCCGAGAAGCGCGGCUUGUCUGGGAAGCUCUCGGGGACGAGCAACGUCCACCUGGCCAUGCGCUUCAACAUCCCGCCCGUCGGUACGGUUGCCCACGAGUGGUUCAUGGGCAGCGCAGCUAUCGUUGGGGAUUACCGCAAGGCUACCGAAGAAGCGCUACGCCACUGGGUCGGCUGCUUCGGAGAGGGCGUGCUCGGUAUCGCCUUGACCGACACGUUUGGGACGCCCGACUUCCUGACCGCAUUCAGCAAGCCGAUCGAAUACCUGGAGCCGCCCUCGCCAACCACCGCGCGAAAGCCGAGCGUUGCCGACUCCUUCAUCUCAACGAGCCCCUCGGUGGCGUCCCACCAAAAGCCCAACAAGACAUACGCCGAGGUCUUCACCGGCGUCAGGCAGGAUUCGGGCGACCCCAAGACUUUUGUCAAGAUCAUCGGGAAAUUCUACCGCGAGCAAGGGAUCAAGGACAAGAAGGUCAUUGUCUUCUCCGACUCGCUGAAUAUCGACCGAUGCCUGGAGUACAAGCAGGUCUCGGAGGAAGCCGGCUUCCAGCCGACAUUUGGUGUCGGCACGUUCCUGACAAACGACUUUGUCAAUACAAAGACCGGCAAAAAGUCGACGCCUCUGAAUAUUGUCAUCAAGCUUAGCUCCGCCGACGGGAACCCGGCGAUCAAGAUCAGCGACAACAUUGGCAAGAAUACCGGUGACAAGGCCACCGUCGAGAAGGUCAAGCGCGAGCUGGGCUAUGUUGAGAAGAUGUGGGAGGGAGGCGAUGAGACGGCGAGGUGGGGCCGCGAGGACGAUGCCCCGAAGCAGUGA